CUUUUAGUUCGGAUGAGUUCGACUUGGAAAAGGCUUUUAAAAUUGCUUUUAAAUAAGGAGUGCUCCAUGUCAAAAGGGUAAUAAAUUACUAGAAAAGGAUAAGGAGUGUUCUUUUAUCCACACAACUCCACAUAUGCGGAACGGACAGGGAAAUGAAAUAUUUGAUUGAAAGCAAUCAAGGCUAUCAAGCCCAACAAAGUGCCAUUUGGGGUUGUACUAAUCGGCUAGGUUUUCAUCGUUCUCUUGGAGCCUCUCACAGUCUCCCUCCAACAGGAACCCCACCAAACAGAAGUUUGUAGGGUGGCUGAAGAACCCCGGUCUCAGGCAAGGACGUCCGAGGAGAUCCGAUAGCCAGAAGAGUGACAUGCGUCAUUUUUACUAGAUAGGUGAUGGAGAUUGGAAUUUGGAAGUGCUAUGGAGUUUGAAUUCCCUGAACCAUUUAACAAAGGAAAUGGAAAUUUGCAUCAGAGGAUUAAAGCUCCAGGCUUGUGGGAUCUUUGGGAACAGUCUAAAUCGCUCAAGUAUAUCUCCCAUGUCAUCUGCAAAUGUGUUAGUGAAGCCAUUGGUGAUUCAGGCUAGACACAAUCAGAGGACAGAGAGUCCUAAGAUUCGCAAUCGAAGAUUAAGAGAAAAGUUUAACGGGACAGCCACAAGGCCGAGGCUAUCGGUGUUUUGCUCGAAAAAGCAGUUGUAUGCUAUGUUAGUAGAUGACCAAAAGAAAAAGUGCGUGUUCUAUGGAAGCACUCUUCAGAAAUCCAUGCAAAAUGAUCCAUCUUGCACUACUGCUGAGGCGGCAAAACGUGUUGGGGAAGAGCUUAUCAAGACGUGUGUGGAUCUCAACAUAAACGAGAUCUCAUCGUAUGAUCGAAAUGGCUUGGCUUGCGGUGAACGAAUGCAGGCCUUCGAAAUUGCUAUGUACAGCCAUGGUUUCUUGCCUCGAUAGAAUCUACUCUAGUGUUUAUAAAUGUGACCAUUUUGAUACUAUAUUUUAGACUCUGCAACGAAUGGGUAUUAUAAAAAAUGACAGUGUACAUUAUCAUGGAUCUCCAACACCUUUUUUUUUUUUACUAAUUCGUAAUGCACUCAAAACUUGAAUUUGUUGUUUCAUGUGAAUGAAGUGUGUUUUUUUUAGAUUGUGUGACGGGUUGACUUGUAAGCACCC